AUGCCGUGCUGGAGCUCCUCAAUAAGCAUGACUACUAAGGCAUUUCUAGACCACAAACAACCCCAACAAAAGAAUUUAAGCGACUCACCAGCCCUCAAUCCUCACGGUGUACCGGUGAUGCGACCCGUGAACAGACAGCAGUCAGUCAAACAGACCUGCAAGAGCAUGCGGCCUGGCGUGCGCUGGACGGGAGAGGCGGCCGAUCUCCCAGACCGGAGCUACCCGGUGCCCGGAGGCUACAAGUGGACACCCCGCAACCCCCCCCUUUGGACCGGCGGGGGUGAUCCCGGUCCCCACCCUGAUGGCUCCCAAGCCUCAUCGGGGAGCUGGGGCAGAGCCGCAAACAUCAAAGUGCAAGAUGGAACACCACCUAAGAUGGCGGACGCCACGUGCACCCAGACUCCUGACAGGGAGAUACACGAAACCCACCAACGCCUAGAAGCUAUAUUCGAUGCCAUUUGGAGGCAGUUGGAGAGCAUGCUGAACCCUCCUGCUCCCCCAAGCGACCUACAGCAAACACCACAGGCCCAACAUUCCUGA